GCCGUGGGACGCCAGCAGCAGCCGCAGGGCGCGCCCCGUGCUCCGCGCCCCAGCUGCGCCCCCAAGGCAUUGCCUGGCGUUGCUAGCCGACGCAGGACAUUCCCAAAGUGCACUGGCACAGCUGUGAACCUCUUACACUGCUCUGCUGGCAUAUUCCUGAAGUUUCACUUGUAUAGUCUGCAACAGGGUUUCUGUUUAAACACAGAAGUUGAAAUAAAGCUGUAAUGAAUCCUACUUCUCGAGUUAAUAUUCACACCUGGUAGAAAUGAAGAAAACGGAUUGCGUGUAACAAAUGGGGCUGGAAGAAAGAGAUAAUCCUGUAGUAACAGGAAUGGACUGGAAACUAGCAAGAGGUCUGGCUACUAAGUGGGAGUUAUCUUGUUGUUAGGAAAGAAAGGAAGCAACUGGGACAGCACGCUGCACCAUGCAGAGACAUUGCUUCAGUUCCAACUCUAAGGAAAGAAUGCCAAUUUUCAUCAAAAUAAGAAAAUCACUACAAGAACUAAUUAGUGCAACUUCAAACAGCACACAAGAGACUAUGGACUUGGUGAAUAUUCCUUGCAGUGAAAAAAAGUUUACCAGAUUCCAGAAUCUACCUAUCAUCUCUAGGGAGAGUCAAACUAUAUGUUAGAAUGUUGUCAGAAGGGUAUCUUUGUGGAAUCCCCUAUUUUUGUGACGACUUCUUGAGUUCUAACCUCUACAGAAAGCGAGCAGCAGAGGAGAAGGUGCAUGAGAUGAGCUCCACGUGUGGCUUUACCUAUUCCUCCAUGGAUGAAACACAAGGCAGAAGUCUCUUUCAGAGGUGCAGGUCUGUGGGCAAGUUCUUUUCUUCAGUCCAUUCCAAAGGAAGCAAACACAAUGGAAGACAGAAAGAGACUUUACUGCAGGUUAUUCAGAGCACGGAGUUUGAAAGGCAAACAUCUCCAGUUGGGGAUAUGUCUGGAGGAUCCACAAGUAGAGAUACCUACCUGGUUCCUUCUUCUUGUAAAAGCAUUUGCAAGAAUUACAAUGAUUUGCACAUUGCUGGUGGCCAUGUGAUGCCUAUCAGCUCAGUAACAACAGAUUUUACCUGUGACAGUGGGAUAGGCCCAUUUUUGGAGUCAUCAGAGAUUCCUCCGCCUAUGGAAUCCAUGAGGAUGCCACCCAAUGACCUCAUUCGCAAGCCCAUCCAAGGGUACUCGUCAUGCUGGCGAUUGACCAGCAUAAUGCAACACCAGCAGCCCCUCUCCAAUUCAAUACUGAAUGAUUAUCUAGAGCAGAAAGUGGUGGAGCUGUACAAGCAAUAUAUCAUGGACAGCAUGGUCAACAGUGCAUCCCCCACUCAGAUCCUGGCCUCUGAGCUCAUCAUGACCAACGUAGACCAAAUCAGCAUGCAGAUAUCAAGAGAGAGGAAUAUGGAGACCACCAAGGCCAAAGACAUGGUCAUUAACUGCCUGUUACGACUGGCCAGUGGAAAAGUAUCUAGUGAAAUAAGCACCCCAAGUUUGCAAAUUUCGCAAUAAAGCAGCAUCAGUGUAUAGACUGAUGGCAUUAAGGUGCUCUGCAACUAGAAAGCUCACAGGUUUUGUAAAUACAAAUGUAAAGUUCUCAGUUUAGUACUUUUCUGGUAUCAUUGAAUUAAACCCUGUUAUAACGAAUAGUAUUGUUAUUUGACCAAUUUUUGUUGGCCAAAGAGAAAAGCCUUCGAGCUACACAGAUCUGGUCCUGAAGAAGAGCUCUGUGUAGCUUGAAAUCUUGGCUCUUUCAUCAACCCAAGCUGGUCCCAUAAAAGAUAUUACCUUACCCACCUUGUCUCACUAAUAUCCUGGGACCCACAACAACACUGCAAACGUUAUUGUUAUUUAUAAUUUGUACUGUCGUUGCACCCAGGAUCCCCAGUCCUGCUAAGCUCUCCCUCCUGCUUGGAAUCUGCCGUUCUAUCAUUUGUAGGGCCCAACCAAAUUCACGGUCCAUUUUGGUCAAUUUCAUGGUCAUAGGGUUUUUAAAAUAGUACAUUUCAUUAU